AUGAAAGUUAUUCUGACAUUUAUUACUAAAUGGAUGAAUUCAGAAAGUGAUUUAGCUGAGUUAAAAGAAUUUAAAAUUCAACAUAAAAAAGAAUUAACAGAACUUCGUCUUCUUGAUUAUUUACAUGAACAAAUAACAGAGAUUAAGGCAAAUGAGGAUUUUGUAGAUAAAUAUGCUCAAACUAUAAUAGCUUAUUUAGAGAAGAGAAAAGACGAAAGAAAUUUGGAAAAACAAAAAAUUAACAAAUGUCAACCUCUCAUAAAUUAA